AUGAAAAACGUCCUCAAUCGCGAAUACCUCCAUCAACAAACAGAAAAGACGAAGGUCAUCCGCGAAAGGAUCAGCGCUUCUGACCCUGCUACCACCGUCUCAACUAUGGGUGCCAUUCUUCUCGUGGCCGAUAUUGAGACGCUCCUGGGAAUGCGGUCGCAAGUGGAGAUUCAUCUGAGGGCCAUCCGCCAUCUGCUUAAAUCAUCUAGGAUCGGCCAAGUAUACCUGACCGACGGCAUCAAGCGCGAUAUUUUGUAA